AUGGCACCAGCCAUGGAGAUGGCGAACCGCACUGAGCCCACAACAUCCCUGAGGGAAAUGGAACAGAGAUUAGAAGAAAUACUGAAGAACACAGUGACUCCCCUGCAGACAAUAACCAGCAACCUGACCUCCAAAGUGGAAACCCUCAUUAGCUCCAUCUCCAUUCUAGAAAAUAAGAACCGAACGCAAGAAAGACUAAUAGAGCAGUUCCAAGAGGAAAACACAUGUGCGAAAAAUGAGCUGGCUGAACUGCCCCGCCGGCGGAGGGAGGAGCCUCCGCAAUCAUCAUCAUCGCCGCCGCCGCCGCCCCGGGAGCCCUUGCAGGCCGGGCCUUGCGGCCACCACCCCACCGUCACCCUGGCGCUGCGCUGUUUGGACGGUGUAUUCCUUUCCCCCACGGAGAAUGACUUUGUCAACAAGAUCGUGGAGGAAUUGGACCACUUCCUGCUUCACAACCAGCUGGAGAAAGUCCUCUUGUUUCCUCCGUUGUCCAGUCGCCUGCGGUACUUGAUCCACAGGACUGUGGAUGAUGUCGACCAGCUGAGCAGCUUUUCGGUUGGAGAAGGCUGGAGGAGGAGGACGGUGGUCUGUCACUCAGCGAUCAGGUUGCCAGAUGAACCAGAUGAUCAAAAUGGCUCCUGUAGCAGUGCCCCCAGCUCAGGCCACCCUCCCCAGUCGAGAAGCAGAGGAGGCCGACCCAGAGGAGGCCCACAUCACAUGGACACGCUGGCAGAUGGCUCUCAAGGCCGGAAGGGAGGUGGCCGGGGCAGGAGGCAGCCCCGGAGGAAGCCGGACAGAGCUCUGUAUGUUCCCAGAGCCAUGCGCAAGAAGCCUGAGGGCUUGAGGCAGGAAGGUGCGGAGGCCUUUGCGAGUGAGGUGGCCAGCUUUGGGGUCAGUGAGGAUGAUCACCAGAUGUCCACUCAUGGCACCAAAAGGAUUCCAGCUGCCAACAGCUUACCUGCCAGCAGUGAUCCCUGCGUGCAUCACCCAGAGGCUGAAAGCCCUAGAGAGAUGUGUACAGAUAAUUUGGAGCUCAGUGGUAGAAGUGGCGAAGGGGCUAUGGAGCACUCAAGCUGCCUUCUGUCGGAAUGUGUGUCUAAUCCAUCAAAGCCGGAUGGCCAAAGCAACGUCAGCCAGGUAGUCUCGGUGCUGGAGAGCAGCCCAAGCCUGACUGGACUGGAAAGCCCUAGUAAAGAUAGCAGAGAUGAUUUGGUCCUAGAGUGCUGUGAAACCUCAGGCCUUCCAGAAGAGCAAAAGAAAGAGCCUUCUGGUGGGGUGCUGUCCAAAGAAAGUGGACGUCAUCCUUUGCCAGAAGGCCAGAAUGAGAGACCUCUAGAUGCCGUUGCUCUAGAGUUGAGCGUAAGCUUAUCAGUUGCAGAAAACCAGGAUUCCCCUGUACUGGAAAGUGGUGUUUUCCCACCUGUUCUGGAAGACCAUGUGAGAGACAUUGCAGAUGCCAUUUUGUCGGAGCCUCAUAAUGAUCUCUCCCUUGCAGAAGAUAAGGGUGAUGAUUGUGCUUGUGCCACUGAGGUAGAAUGUAGCGAGAUGCUGCCCUUGCCAGAAGAUGGCGCUGUGGAUGACCUUGCAUUCCAACGAAGCCCAGAGGCAUCAGCACUGGAAACCCAGGACAAGGACUGCACUGAGGCACUGGAGUGUAGCCAGACAGAGUCCUCCGGGGACGCUCAGGGUCAAAGUAGUCCUUGUGAUUCUGGGCCAGAUGGGGCACCCACUCCUGUAACAGAAAGUGGCAAAGAUCGACCCGUGUUGGAUCCACAGGCUCUCCCCUUUUUGAGUACAUCUCUAUCUGAUCCUGAUAAAGCCAACCUCGUAUUUGAAAGCCAGGAGAAAGCAGUGGUAGAACUGGAAGGUAACCAGUGGCCUGGGCUAGAAUUCUCUUCUGGAGAUAGAAGUGUGGGGCACUCUGCAGUGGAAGAAAAGGACAGCAUCUUUGAGGAUGAUUGUGGCACUGAACUCUUACAAGAGAUCACAAAUUACUUAACCAUAAAGGACAUAAGCAUUGAGAAAAUCCAAUUUGAUUACUCCAGCUAUGGGGAAGCACAGAUCAAUGAAGGAGAUUUUGGCCAUGUGCUAGAGAUAUAUGAUUUUUCGCCCUUGCUAAAAACCGAGCAUCUUCUGGAGGCCUUUGCAGAGUUCCAAGAGAGUGGAUUUAAGCUACAGUGGGUCGAUGAUACUCAUGCUCUUGGGAUCUUCUCCAGUUUGGCAGCAGCUUCUCAAGCCUUGGAACAGAGCUAUACCUCCCUAAAGAUCCGACACCUAAUCCACGGAACAAGGCAGUCAAAAAUCAAGGCUCUUCAGCGGCCAAAGCUCCUUCAGCUGGCCAAAGAGAGACCUCAGACGGACGUGGCAGUGGCUCGGAGGCUGGUGACCAGGGCCCUGGGAUUACAGCGCAAACCUCCACGGAGCUCCGGCUGGCAAGUGCUGGAUCCAGCAGAAAGCACAAGCUUGCCAGAGUAAAAAGCAGGUUGCCCUGUGUGGCUUGAGGUGAUGGUCUGGGGGUGGUAUUAAAACUGUACUCCUCACUUA